UGCUUGAGUUAUAUCUGCCAGGAGGCCGUGCCAAGAUGGACACCAAGCUCAGUGCCUGGACCCCUCUGAGCCACCCACUGAUCAACAGCAAGCUGUUUGACGAGAGGAGACACCUUCUGGCAAAAUGGUUCGACAGGUGGUCCGACAGUCAGAGGAAGGCGGUGCUGCAGGACUUUGUGCUGAGCUGUUCUGUGGAGCAGCUCAGGUUCCUGAGCCUCAGCGUGAGCAGGAUGCUCCCCCUGCAGGCCGCAGACUUUACCGGCCUGCUGCCCAGAGCCCUCUGCCUCUACUUGUUCUCCUUCCUGGACCCUCGCAGCCUCUGUCGAUCUGCUCAGGUGAGCUGGCGCUGGAAGGCCAUAGUGGAGCUGGACCAGCUGUGGAUGCCCAAGUGUCUGAAGCUCGGCUGGUGCAUCGCCUUCUCGCCCUCACCGUUUGAGCAGGGCGUCUGGAAGAGACACUACAUAGAGACUGUUCAGGAGCUCCGACUGCAGACAUUGUCGACGCUCCAGGAGCCGGAGGUCCCUGUUGCUUCAGCGGGCAGCGGUGGACCCAAACAACCAUCAGAACUGGCCUACGCCAGCGAGGAGCGUCCAGUGUCCAGCAUCCAGCCCAGGUCAGGACUGAAAACAGCGGAGAAGCCAAAGGCCUUGCCACCAUGGAGAGACUCGGACCGGCAUCCUAAGGAUAUAAUACGCUACAACUACCUGGACAACCUGGAUCCCACGGAGCAGGUCCUGAGGGUCCAAAUGAGACGUAAAGCCUCCCCAGGCUGCAGCGGUGCCUCCCAGAGCAGUGAUGGAAAGUGGAAAACGCGGUCUGAGGCCACCUACAAGCUACGCAAGGCUAAAUCACUGAUGUUCCUCAGAACCAGGGACUCCUCUCCGCCUCCUCCUUCUAACCCUCUCCCCUCAGAUCAUCAGACCCGGACUCGGCCCUCGUGGGCAUCUCCUACUCCGAAGCACCCAAUCACCAGGGAGAAAGCUGUGAGCCUGCUCAACAAGACCCAGUGGAAUGCGGGGAUCCGACCCGGACCAGUCAGGACCCCGGUGCCUCCUUUGAGUUCGGAGGCCCUCAGGGCAUCCCGGCGCUCUCGGCGGAGCACUCCCAGUACCCCGCUGUUCAAUCUUUGAAGUGCAGCUCCAUGCUGCCCCCUGCAGGACAACGAUAUAGCAGCAGAGCUGGAGGAGAACUGCUUGUUGAAAUUAAGGCUCCACAUCUCUCAUCUGGAUUAUGUCUUUCAAACCUGGCUACCCCGUCAUUUUUUCCAAAGAAUCAAGAGACGCUACAAUUUGAGGAUCAACUUAAGAAGUUUUACAAAAAUGUUAUAUUUGAAAACAAUCUUUGAGCAUCAUAGGGAAGAAAAAGUUACAUUAGUUUGUGUUGUGAGCCAUAUUUGAACCUUGUAUAUAUCUGGCUUGAGCUUGUUUUCCCCCCAGUUUUUUAAUGAUGGAGAAAUUGUCAGAAAACAUUGGGGUCAAAUUUAAUUAUGAUUAGUAUGUAAUAAAUGGAUGGAUGGAUGAAUGUUUGCAAAACCGGUCAGGCCUCUUUUUCCAUUCUGCACAAUUUUUUUCUGUGUAAAU